AUGGGACAACCAAGCAGCAGUCUUAGCCAUCAUCAUCAUUCUCGCAAACGACAAGGAUAUCUUGCUAACAACAGCAGUGUCAAUGAUGAUGAUGAAGAAACGUUGGAAGAGGAUCCUCAUUCACGACGUCAAACAAUUGUCGACACGCCACACCAUUCUUCCGAUGACGAAGAAGAAGGAGACAGCAACAACCAUCAUUACCACCACAACGACCAUGAUGACACUUGUUCCAUUCCAUCUUAUGCUUCAUUACCUUCUUCUUUGGGUCAUCCUCUCUUCUCGAAAGGCAUGUUUCAGAGUAUGACCUCUCAACCUUCCUCUCCGAAUCAUUACGUAGAUACCAAAGAUAAAACUACUUGUCGACAACAACAAAUCUUCUCCAAGAAGAAGAACACCAGCUCCAACAAUAAGAACAUUUCUAACAACAAUAACAACAAUAUAAAAAGAGAAUUCUCCUCCCCGCGAAAAACACAAGCCGUAGUUUUGGACGAAAAGAAAAAUAAUGAAACAAGUGCUACGAAUGCUUAUGGUGCGACUUGCAAUCAACAACAACAACAAAAUAAAUCACGUGCAAGUCAUCAUCCUGCAAAACAUUAUUCCAUCGGGAUUGGAAAUGCCAUUCAUAUGAGAUUAAAACAGAAAAUUGAAGAACAUGAUGGAAAUGUUGGAGAGGAGGAAACUUUUGAAAAUCAUGAGGAGUAUCGUUUGGAAAUGAUGAUCAUGACGGAAGAGGACAUGGAUGAAGAUGAGGAUGAAAAUAAUGAUGGUGCGAAUAACCCUAAUAAUGAUGGCAUGAAUCGUGAGGAAAAUAAUGCAAUGAGGAACAACCAUGCAACAACAAAUAUGGAUUUGAGAAAUAAUAGUGUUUUCACAACAACAUCCACGAAUAGUUCCUCAACAACGACGACAAAAAAUAAUUAUUGUGGAGACAAACGUAAGGACUCUUCGCUUACCUAUUUACCAUCAGAUGAUGAUUUUGACAGUUAUAAUGGAACAUUGACAACAUCAGCAGUGAUAUCUCAACAACAACCAUCGAGUGGCUCAAAUAAUGUCAAUAAUAAUAGUAACAGAACGCAAGUGCACUCAGGUCAAUAUCAGCAUCACAGAAGAUCUUCCUCCAUUGAUUAUUCUGCAAUUGGAACAGCAAAUGUUUCCUCUCAUGGAAAUCAUUAUCAAUCAAAAAUGAAGAGUACCGUGGAGACGACAACAUGCUCCUCGACAGGUUCACUAAAUGUUGCAAGUUCUGAUCGUGUGGCAACCGCUUCAAUUUCACCUCCACAUCAUGCAUCGGAAUUAAUUUCUACAUCUCUCGUUCAUGAAAUGACAUUUGUUGAGGAAGAAAUGGAUCCAAAAGAAGAACGAUUGUGGAGUGAAAAUGAUGAAGAAAUUUCUGAACUGUGGAAGGCAAUUCCCAAAUCCUAUCAUGCAGGAAUUAACAGAGUUUAUUUAAAAUUGAAAAAUAGAUUUAAGAACGAUAUUGACAUCACGGAUCAACAAAUGAGACAAAUGGCAUGUGACUUGGGAUUUUCAAACUUUUUCUAUGAAUACAUGUUUGCUCGGUUAGAGCCCACAGUUUUUGCUUUGUUACAUGAGGAAUAUGUCUUGAAAAAGAAAAAGAAUAGAAAGAACAUGCGAAUGGAAAGAUAUGCCAAUCGGUCAAACAUGUCACCGGGAGCUUCUUCAGUAGAUCAUUCUCAAGAGGAUAAGAAAACCUCAGCGGACUCUGUCACGAGUAACAAAUUGCCAACAACUGCAACCACCACUAACACAACCACCAUUCCUAUUGCCUCUAAAAACUCACCACAACAACAACGAAUUGUAGAAUACAAGACACUAUCGUCAUCCCCAGUAUUACCUCGAACAGAAUUAUUGAAUCGAUUAUUCAAUGAUACCGAUGAGGUGGAGACAAAGAAACCUGAAGCAGUACGAUUACUCUCAUCAUUCGAUGAAUAUAUUAAUGUAGAUCAAGAUAUGAAAUUCGAAAAAGCAAUUAAGGUGAAAUUAAUUAUAACUGAAGUGGGAAAGAGUCCAGGUAGAAUUCGAACAGCCGCUUCACCACUCAUGAGUCGACUUAAAGUAUUCGAUCAAUUUGGAUGGUUUCAUACCAGUUUUUCAAUUGGAAAUCUUCGAUUUGAUUGGACCAAUAGCGGCUAUUGUUCUGUCACCACUGUAAAAUCUGCCACUUCUCUUCUCGCCAUCACAUGUCGAGAAAUUUGGAGCCUCAGAGAACUUGAGGGUAUUUUAAAAUUGCUCUCUAUUGAAAUUUCGAGAUGGAAUCGAAAUUUUACCUACACAAAUCUUAAAGGAAGUGUUGAAAAAGAAACUGGAAGUUGUCAAACUUUCACUGUAGAAAUGAUGAAAGCCAUUGGCGUUGCCGAUUUAACGUUUGUUGGAAACAGUAGUAUACAUAAUUUUUUGAGAGACCUCUUGCAGAGAGGAAAUCCAAUCACGAAAUUCUCAAUUAAUGAGGCAUUUCGCGAGAAAUAUUUCAAGCUCAUUGAUGCAAAAAUUGAGCAAGUGAAGAUUCAAAAUGUUGUUACUUCUUCUGAAUUGUUGCUAAAUCAUAUGCCCAUCAUCACAUAUCCAUCAAGCAAUAAUAACAACAGCACGGAGACAGACUCCAACCAUUCAUCCGAUACAAUAGAUGUACUGCAAACAUUUGUGCAAAAACAGCAACAUCAGUUUGAAGCUAAAAAACAGAAGAUGGCUGAAAUCAAGCGUUGGGAACAUUUCCAAUCGUAUUAUUUUGGACCCAACAAGAAGUAUAUCAUUUUUACGUCACAUCGAGAGUUGGAUGGUUUUGUACAUUGUUUGAAAGAGGUCGAUGAAAAUUUUAAGGACACACAAGAGUAUGGCCUUUUAAAUGCAUUCGACAGAGGAUUUUGGUUGAGAUAUUCUCAUUCUGUAUCUAUCAUGCAACGAAUUCAACAACGAAAGAAACAACGAGAGACUGUUCGUUCGAAAUUAGGAUUUAGAGAUCCACUUGCUCUCACCAAAGAAGAACAAGAAGAAUAUGUUCGAAUCAAGAGAGACUUGGAAAUUUGUCAGCCACUUGUCACAGGAAAUGAUUUCAAUUGUGCCUUUGGAGAUCCAGUUUCCAGUCGAUCCUUAUUCAUUCCAAGCACAAAACGAUCAGACGUUCUCGAUAUUCAACAAGAUAUUCAAAUAGGAUCCCUAAAGCUGUAA